AUUAGUGAAAACACCUGACACGGUAAUACCAAAAAAAAAAAUAAAUUUAAAAAUGAAAUUCGCUAUUGUUUGUGUUGCCCUUUUCGCUGUUGCCAUCGCUGCUCCAGCUAAUGAAGAUAUUCAAGUUUUAAGAUUGGAAACCGAUAACAUUGGUGUAGAUUCUUACAAAUGGGGAUAUGAACAAAGCAAUGGACAAAAACAUGACGAAUCUGGUCAAUUAAAGAAUGCCGGUAGCGAAAAUGAAGGUAUUGCUGUACAAGGUUCAUUCUCAUAUGUAGGUGAUGAUGGUCAAACAUACUCUGUUAACUAUGUUGCUGAUGAAAAUGGUUUCCAACCAACCGGUGCUCAUUUACCAGUAGCUUAAUCUAAAACAAUAUGAACAAUAUGAAAAAGACCAAAUUUUUGUAAAUAGAAAUGUAAAUAUUGAAGUUAAACUAAAAUGUGUUUUUUUUAUUAUUAUAAUUAUUAUUCCUGAAUUUUUAAAUUAUAAGCACAAGUAAAUAAAUUAGUACUUUUUUUUUUUCAUUAUUUUCUUAUAUAAUUUAUAAAUUUAUAAAAGUGUCUAAAAAGAAAAGAACAUCUUGG